GAAGGAAGGGACAAGUGCCUGAUGGCUUUGGCUCUCAGGCAGAGAUCUUGACAGCCUGCUGGGCCACCUCUCCAAGCUCGCGUCUGCAUAUUAAUGUGCUCCGUCUGCGAUCUGCUGAUAGAUCCAGAUUUCUAAGAAGCAAAGACCUGCUGGCAUGGUGCAGAAACUGGACCAAAAGCUCCCAGUAGCCAACGAGUACCUGUUGCUUUCGGGCGGCGUCCGGGAAGGCGUGGUGGAUCUCGACCUCGACGAGUUAAACGUGUACGCUCGUGGCACGGACUACGACAUGGACUUCACCCUCCUUGUGCCCGCUCUGAAGCUGCAUGACCGAAACCAGCCGGUCACGCUGGACAUGCGGCACUCGGCUUUGUGCCACUCGUGGCUCAGCCUUCGGCUCUUUGACGAGGGCACUAUAAGCAAGUGGAAAGACUGCUGCACGAUCGUGGACCAUAUCAACGGGGCGACCAAUUACUUUUUCUCUCCGACGAAGGUGGCGGACUGGUUCUACGACUCCAUCAGCAUCGUCCUGUCCGAGAUCCAGAAGAAGCCGCAGCGCGGGAUGCCGAAGGUAGAGAAGGUGGAGAAGAACGGGACGAUCAUCUCCAUCAUCUUGGGAGUGGGCAGCAGCCGGAUGCUGUAUGACAUUGUCCCCGUGGUGUCUUUCAAAGGCUGGCCGGCUGUGGCCCAGAGCUGGCUGAUGGAGAACCACUUCUGGGACGGCAAGAUUACGGAGGAGGAAGUCAUCAGUGGGUUUUACCUCGUGCCUGCGUGUUCCUACAAGGGGAAGAAGGACAACGAGUGGAGGCUGUCAUUUGCCAGGAGCGAAGUGCAGCUGAAAAAGUGCAUCUCCAGCAGCCUCAUGCAAGCCUACCAGGCCUGCAAGGCGAUCAUCAUCAAACUCCUCUCCCGGCCCAAAGCCAUCAGUCCGUAUCACCUGCGGAGCAUGAUGCUCUGGGCCUGUGACAGGCUACCUGCCAAUUACUUGGCCCAAGAGGAUUAUGCUGCCCAUUUCUUGCUGGGGCUCAUCGACGACCUGCAGCAUUGCUUGGUCAAUAAGAUGUGCCCCAAUUACUUCAUCCCUCAGUGCAACAUGCUGGAGCACCUCUCCGAGGAGACGGUGAUGCUGCACGCGCGGAAGCUGUCCUCGGUCCGCUCGGAUCCCACCGAACACCUCCGAACUGCCAUCGAGCACGUCAAGGCGGCCAACCGGCUCACGCUCGAGCUCCAGAGGCGAGGCAGCACCACCAGCAUCCCCUCCCCGCAGUCGGACGGCGGGGACUCCAACCAGCCCGACGACCGGUUAGCCAAAAAACUGCAACAGCUAGUGACUGAAAACCCGGGGAAAUCCAUCUCCGUCUUCAUCAACCCAGACGACGUCACGAGGCCUCAUUUCAGAAUCGACGACAAAUUUUUCUGAGCUUUCGCUGGCAUUUUCUUUCUUUUUUUUUAAAGACUUUACAAUGUGUAGGGGUUCUUCCUUUUUUUUUUGGUUGGUUGGUUGGUUUUUUGGUGACUGUCUGGCGUUUUUUACAUAUCCAGCGUAGAUUGGAUCUGUUGAGAACAGUACAAAUAAAUUAUAACUCCUGGUUCUGCAGGACGGUGCAGAUUUUGAAACAGUAUAUUACUAUUUCAUAUGCUGCUUUGGUUCUUGCCCCCCCACCCCCUUCCCAGCCCCCUUUGUUCGUGUGUCGUUUCUAAUGGAGAAUGUGAGCCAUAAACGCACAUGCCCAUGUCUUUGUCUUUCCCCC